UCCGAAAACGCCUUGUUUCAUUUUUUGGUGAUGGCCUACCGCAAACAGUGUGUGUAUUUGUAUGUGAAGUCGCCAUAUAACACAACAUACGUAUUUCAACAAAAUCUUGACACCUUCCUCUUUUUCAAUAGUUGCCCAUUUCAUCCCAACUUCACAAUUCAUUCGCAUCGAAAACAUCCAACUCGUCCCUAACUUGCUCAUCGAUCUCGCCCCACAAAAUAACCAAUCACCAAAUUAAAUCAAAGAAGCAACAAAUUCUAUCUCUGAUUGGCGCAUUUCAAUCCUCAACCGGAACUGAACGCUUUUCCCUUUUAAUAACCAUUGACGUUUCCAAAUUUGUAUUUUGUGCGUCUUUACUCCUAUAAAAAACAACUUGCGCAAAAUCACUUUUCACGAAUGCUAAAACUCCGCUUCCGCUUUCACUCAGUUUCCUAUAAGCCCAAAAUAAGUAAUCCACGCACGCCGACUAUUCGACGUUCUGCAAAUAUACUGCAGCGACGUUCUGCAGUGGCGCAAUCGACUAAUCCCUCAAUUUAGGGUCUCAUCUGAUCUGACAGGUCACACGUGAGCAGGUUCAAACCCUGGGAAAGCCAGAAAUAAUAAUUAUUUCUUCCUCGAAUAAGUGAAAGAAUAAAUCAAAGAACUCGAAAUGAUCUCGAGAUAUCUCGAACUAAUUCGGCUCUCACUUCGAAACACUCGGAAGUAACUUUCUCAAAUCAUUAAUAAUUCAUAAAGAAAAUACAAAGGAAAUUAAUGUUUAAUGAGUGGUUGAAAAUCAGAGGAGAAACUGUUCAGUUUUGCAUCCUUAAUUUCUCCUUCUAAAAUUAUUUUGUUGGAGACGUAAUAUCAAGCAUUCGACACAAGUGUUUCAUCACCAGAUGAAACACCUCGAAGUUCGUCAAGAAUACAACGCGCAGCGGAAUAUUUUCAAGUCUCUUCUCAAUGUCUCAUCUGUUGAUGAAACACUACGUCUGAUGCUUGAUAUCUUACUUGAAACAUUUCAAGGCGUCGCGAAUCGUUUACUUCGCGCUCCUCCGAAGUAAUGAGCUCUCGUAAGCGACUGUGUAGUAAAACAAUCGAGGUUGGUCGCUUACGAGAGCUUCAGAAAUCCAUUUUUCAUAAAGAAAAAACAAAAGAACUUGUAAAAUAUUGAAGUGUACCUGAUAUAGGCACGGCUAAACUUUACGUCCAAUUUUUAGACCAUUAGCGCAGUGUGCACUUUCAUUUAAGUGUUGAUUGGGUUAUCCCAAGAGUGGUCGCAGUCGCUUCCGAGAGCUUUACAUUACAAAGUUUAAGUCACAGUUCAAACGGUGUUUCACAAAGGUCGCUUACGAGAGCGGACGGAAGGAGAGCUUCGACUGUAUUCACCAAAUUAGCGUCUCAAGAGCAAAAUAAGAAGAAAUGAACUGGGUACCGGGAGCUAAGUAGAAGGAUUUUUGUAUGUUUGAUUUUGACAUUUUGGAAAGAUAAUUAAUUUAUCAUAAUUGUAAUUAUGAUAAUGUAAUUAUGUAACAUACUGAGAUAUGCUCACUAGAUAGUUAUGUUGUUAACGUUUAUACAAAGAUAGGUUCUAGCCAAUCAGUCAAUUAUUUUUGAAAUUGUUUAUCCCAUCCGAAAAGCAAACUAUGAUUUUUUUCAUGUAUGAGAAAAACAGUUUGCCCAAUCAAAUCCACCACCAAGCGUGAGUUUCGUCGCCAGUUGCUUUGCAGGUUGCUUCAUAGUCAUUCAGCAAGAACAUUUACUAAACAAUCCAGGAAUUGGUUUAAAAAUACCUUUCUUUUUGUAGAGAGCCUAAAAAUGACAGUGCUUAGGAUGUGGUAAAAAAAAUAACAAGAUAUCAAAUAAAGCUGCAUAUCUUAUCUAAGUGAUCAAAAAUUUCUUUUUUAGUGCUAAAUUUGAACAAUGUCCAAGGAAUACUUUCAAAGUAUCCACUGGCAUCAGCGAUUGUAAGACUUAUUGGCGAGAACUGCCCAGAGGUAAGAUAAGUUUGCUUCUUGCAAGUUUUAUGUGUAUUCUUGACACGGGAAGACCCUGGGUUCGUGACUAUGCUUAACAUGUUUUACAGUAGCUGUUGUCUAAGCCUCUAGUCUCUCAGAGGUACGUUAAUGACAAAUGCUACCUUAGGGACGUCAGAGUGUGCUCUCUUGCUACUCCUUUUAUAUUUUGUUAUUUCCCUUUUGUAGGUUCAGUCACUUGAUAUUAGCAGUAAUAGGCUACGAAAUUUGGAUGGCUUCAAAGAUCUUGGAAAUCAAGCAUCAAGCCUAAAGCACCUAAAAAUUUGCAACAAUCAGGUAAGCUACAGAGCAGGUCUGACUACAAGCAUCGCUGCUGGAACAGAUAUUAUUGUCUCCCUCAUUAUUCUACAAGUAACCCGAGAUCAAAAUAGGAUUUGCAGGGGAAAAUCCUAGUAGCUGAUUGUUUCUUUAGCGUUAAAAUUUUAAUCAAAAUGGUUCACGUUACUUCAGUUGCGGUUUUCAUCUUUGUGAAGGGUUUGAACCCAGUAGUCAUUUCAUAAGUAGGUUGAGUGUGAUCGUCUAAGUGAACGUAGUCCUGAGGAGGACUGUUGUUGACAUCUUCAGAGUCAAAGUGAGUUGUAUCACUUCAGUUGAUGCUAUGAAACUCUGGUCACUGAUCUAAUUGGUCAAUUAAGUCGCGAUGUUAUUAGUCGUCGGUCAGAUGUCAUUGAUGCGUUUCGAUCCGUCUAUUGUCACAGUUAAAGAGUUGUUUAUUGUUUGCCAAUUAUCAGUUGUCCAUGAAGUCGUUCUCUCGUAGUUAGUUUUGCUUUGUUCCGUCAAUAAGUGGUUUGCACGGUGAUGGUAACUGUUGACUACGAUUCAGUGGCGUUUGUUCUAAGCCGAUUUAUGGCCAUCUUGUAUGGUUCUUAGUGGAAUGUCCAAUUCACUGUUGUUAUACACACAUCGAAAAGGCUCUCCCUUAUACUACCACAUUUCCUAGUCCAUUUAAGGUGGCUCGAUAGGGUUUUUCAGGGUAAUUACCUCGACGGUCGAGCAUAAAAUACGUCGCCAAUAACAAAUAUUUGGAAAAAUUACUACUACAGCUGUAUUAGGUAAAGAUGAAAAUUUUUGAUAAUCAGGGUUACAAAGACAUUGGAGUUGUGAUAGCAACGAAAUGACGCCAUCAGUAUUUCUCGGCACUGGGAACUCCAAAAUCGAUCACGGGAGCUUUUUCCUUCAAUAGCCGCCUCAGUGUCUCCAAGUUUUAUAUUUUCGUGGACCAUAACAGCUAACAUUUCUCCAUAUUUCAAUUGCAUUGUUAGGUACAUGUACUGCUGUUCACAUGGAAAUGAAACUUGGAGACAAUACCCUUGAAUAAUGGCUCUUACUUGUUAAUACGAAAUUUCCGACAAAAAAUUAGCGAAUUGUAGCCCUAAUUUUACCGCCUUACAAGAUAUCAGUAACUCAAGGUCAUAUAAAAUCUGAGUAUCCCAAUUUUUUAAAAAAAUCUAGCUAGCGGUUUCAAAAUUAUUCGCUGAUUUGUUUAAGUAGACCAAAAUGUUUACAAAACCGCUAACAAGAACUUUAAUAAUUUUCUCAGGGCAGUUCGGUUUUCGUGCCAACCACUCAACUGAACAUGCCCUUCUGUUAAUCACUGACCAAAUACAGAGAGCUAUUGAAGGUGGUCAUUUCUCCUGUGGCAUAUUCUUUGAUCUCGCUACAGCAGACCUCGGCCUUGAUGUACUGACCGAGCGAUACAUAAUAAUAAUAAUUUAAACAUAUUUAUACAGGACUGCUUCAUCAGUUUUAAGAAAAACUGCUAUCAUUGCAGGUCCUGUAAAAAAAUUAAAAAUAAAAAAUAAAAAUAAAAAAAGAUUUAAAAUACUGAUAAAGGUCAAAUUACAAUAUUAUAAAAUAGUUCCACUAAACGGAAGAUUCGAACAGUUAUAAAUUCUAAGAAUUAUUAAAAAAUUUUGUAGAAAAAAGCGCGCUUGUUGCAUUCUAAGUUAAGUUUUUCUAAAAUAAGGUCAUUAUUAUUUCUAGUUUUGUGGCGGUGAAUGUCACGGUUUCUUACAUUGAAAUAAUUAGAAAGGUAUCUGGGAACUCUAUUUGCAAUGCACUCAUUAAAAAAUCUUAAAAUGUGUGUCCGUCUUCUAUAAUAGAGAGGUUCCAAGCCCAGUUUGGUCAUACAUCAAAGCCUCGGUCUAAGAUUUCCCUGUAAUGACUUCACCCUCACUUAGUCAGUGGUAUGUCCAGAUCUCUCAAGGGGCUAACGAGAGGAGAAGUGUUGUUUAGUAAUUAGAAACCCAUAAUAUUUUUUUCAGGUUAUUAAAAAAUUAUUUUCUAACUCAUUAACUGACCCAAUUUUGGUUUUAAUCUUUAUAGCUCAGAGCUGUCGAAGAACUGGACAAGAUAAAAUCUUUGAACCAGCUUGUUUCUCUGGAACUUGAUGGUAAUCCCUUGUGUGACGUGUUUCAAAGCAAAGGAAACUCUUAUAUCAAGUAUGUUUACGUACGUGUGUCUUGUGAUUGGUUGGGUGAUUGUUGGGCAGCUCCAAAAUUCAGCACCUACCUACAUUUUAUAAAGAUGUGGAUUGGCCUCCUUUUAUGUCCUUCCAAGUUAGAACCUAAAUCUUAAAUUUUCAAGGCGUCGAUUGAAGCUUCUACAGCAUAAGAUGAAGUUCAUUGGUCAAAAAAGUCUCUAAUCUUGUAUCCAGUUCAGUCGUUUCUGGUCAUUGGAUUGUUCACGUUUAAUGCCAAUUAACUGCUCAUUUAAUCCCGUCAAAUAUUUUGUUAUCCGUUUAAUAGCGGAUCAAACUGAUCCAAAAAAAGUUUGGCAUAUUUUCGUGUGUAUCUUCGGCAAACCGCAUGUUUGUUUAUGGAAGUAACAUAGCAAUUUAUUUGACAAAAAAAAAGGAAUAUGUCAAUGAGAUUUUUUGUUUCUCUGCAAACCAUAGUACCUCAACGUCCGCCUGCGUGGCAGGAAUUUGAUGGGAAAGGAACAGGUGUUUACUCGGAUUUGAACAACUGUCAUGCAAGCUACCUCAAACAUAUCUCUAGGGGCUUUGCUUUGUCAUCCACGUCCCUUUCCAAAGAAACCAGCUUUGAUGGGAAAUAAUCCCUCAUGGACUAGACCUCUGGCAAGCCUCACAAGUCACUCAUGCAAAAAGAAAUAUGAAAAUUAUUUUUAUUUUCUUUCUUUCUUCUUGCAGCUCUAUCAGAAGCAGAUUUCCUAAAGUUACCUCUUUGGUAAGUAGUGGUGACUUUCCUGCUUUUAAACUGACUGCCCUUGAUUUUAAUAUAGACUGCUUUUGAUUUUAGUAGUACAUCAAAUCCACGUAGAAAAAUACUAUAAUUUAAUAUUAUUGAGUCGUUAUUGUAAGUUCAGGUUUGGAUACUUGCCUGGCUGUUCUGAUCUCACCACAAACUAAGAAAAAUAAACAACAAACUGCUCCGAAAUGAUGUAACAGGAAUUACUUACUUAUGUUUACUUAUUAUUAACGUUUUUGCCUGAGUUGCAUCAUUUGCUUUGGCAUAAAAUUAAUAUAGAAAUUGCCUCUUUGAGGAGUAAUGUUGAUGUUGGUCCUUACCAGAUAUAAUCACACCAUGGUCAGGAUUUUUUGGUGGUGACUGCCUUAAGUUUUUUUUCGUGGUGACUGUUAAAGUUCUGGAGAAUCUUCUUUCAGUUAUAGGCUUUGAACAGAGUUUGAACAGAGUUUGAAGAGUCAUGUGGUUACUAUGCGCUACCUGUUACUUGUCUUAUAAAAAGGUCUCUCUUAAGGUUUCUUGAUCAAUGAAAAUGAAGAAAACUGCCUCUAUCCCAAGAUGCUUUGCAUAUUAAGGCCAUACUAUUAUACUGGCUUAAAAAUAAUGCAGAGUUUGUUCUUUGUGAUUAUUGUGAGAUACCCUUAGAAGUUAUUAAGGCUAAGUUAACUAAAAAGGUUUCCUUGUAAGGAAAGGAGGUAAGUAAAAACCUUGUAGCCAGCCACCAGACAAGUGAGCUUCUUUACACUGUUGUUGAUAAAAAGCAAACUAAGCCUGAGCAAUUCAUCCCAUAGGAUGGCCAUGAGCUUCCUGCCCCAAUUGGAUUUGAUCUUCCUUCAGAGCAAGUUCUUCCUCCCUCAAAGGUACUAUUUCUUAAGUAUUUGGUAUAAAAUGUAAACAAGUCUUAUAAAGUCUUCGCGCUUGGGCCAUAAAUAAUCGAUGGAAAAAAACUUGGUCCUUAAUUUACAGUACGGACCGAAAACUCGGCUGAUAAGAGGUAUAUAUUGGAAAACAGCCAUGAUUCAAUUUACCGCUGUUGACCUCUGGAAAGAUCUUCCCCAAUAUUUGACAGACCUCCCACGUUUACUAAAACAAUACCUAUUAAAUAUACAAUUCAAAAAUUUAUCAUAUGUGUUCUUUUCUCCAUUUUGUGUAUUGUGUGUGUGUGUUAUUUAUUUAUACAUUGUUUUUUUCUUUGCUACAAUUAUACUUAGCAUAUACACACUCAGCGAUCUUGGUGAUUUAAGCAAUCUGAUUGAUUCGCUAUCUCGGACUAUUCAACAAAAUUCACCUCCUAGCGAGUGGAUAAUGUGUGAGCUCGUUUUUUUCCCCAUUUUCUUAGAGAAAGAUCUUUUAAAAGUCGACAAAAUCCUAGGGUUGACUUUUUUUCAGGCAAGAAAAGACUUCGAAGGAUUCAAAACGGCGUUUUUCCAUUUACUGUUGUUGAGUUUUGUGGUCGAUGAAUUGUUUACAACUCCCGUUAAAAAUUUGGCCCAAAAACGAAGUUUAUUUAUGACAAACAAAUUUGAAAGCAAAUGUUUGCAGCAAUUCUACGUUUCAAGUAAACACGAGAAAGAAUGCUACAUGAGAACGACGUCUUACCUUGACGAACCGAAUCGCCAUUUUUGUCAGCACUUCAUGCGAAGAACGACACAACAAACCUUUUCGGCUAUAAACUUGGCGAGUCAACAGAAAACAACAAAGCUCUUCUUUUCUUCUCAGGUAAGGAAACAAUUCAAACUUUUAGCGGUUCCAUUUAAGUCAUUACGCUGUUGUUUGCGAAGUGAUAAGCUUGUGAAUAGCCAUGUUUGAAAAUUGUAAAAAGAUCUGUUUGUAAACUGUCGCGUGUUUAACUGACCUGAUCUGUCAAUCAAAUCGUACUUUUUAAUGGUUUCCUCUCUGAUUUUGUUGAGAUCACUUCGGGUGUAUAUACUAAAACAAUUAUUCUUUUCAAUCUCGGUGAAUAGUGGCUUUAGGAAUAUUUACCUCGCCACUUCUUGGCUCGGUAUGUAUUUUACCACUAUUCACCUCGAUUUCAAAGAAUAAUUGUUAAUUGUCACCACUGUAUUAUCAUCUGAUCGCUAGGAGCUAGCACGAAAACCUUUGUUAAUCAGUUUAGUUCCUAGACAAUCGUUAAUUUAACAAUUAAUGAAUGAGGCUGAGUAUCUUAUGAAGAAUUAUGGAGAUCGAGGAGGGUGUUAUCCGUCGAGGCCGUAGGCCGAGGCGGAUAACACCCUCCGAGAUCUCCAUAAUUCUUCAUAUGAUACGAAAGCCGAAUUCAAUAAUUGUUUUAUUAUUCAUUCAAAAUAAUUCCUAGUUUAAAAACAUGGCUAAAACAUGCUUACCUCCAUCGAUCCAUUGAUGUUAAGUUCAUCUUCGAUAGUGCACGUUUAGCUUUGUCCAGCUCCGCAAAUAUUCUCCAAAUAGCAGAUGUCGCCCUUCGAGUUGUCUUCUUGCUGUUCUUGCCGUGUUUUUAGCGAUUUUUUCGCCUAGUUCUUACUCUUGAAACGAGUGAAAUGUCCGCCAUUUUUUCAAGUUCACAACCAAAACAACUCAACCUCGUCCCCAGGUCUUCUCGGUUAACGGUGCCUUAACCUGCGAAAACGCUGCAUUUUUGACGUCAUUUCCUCGUUAAACACAAAAUUCUGCCAAAUUUGGUCAUCAGAAACUGGUUAUGGUGAAUUAAACGUGUGCUUUUAGCCAAUCAGAACCGGGGAAAUAUUUUGAAUGAAUAAUAAUAAUGAUUUAUUAUUCAUUCAAAAUAUUUCCCCGAUUCUGAGUGGCUAAAAACACACGUGUAAUUUACCAUAAGCAGCUACUGAUGACCAAAUUUGGAAGAAUUUUGCGAUUAACUAACCGAUGACGUCAAAAGUGCUGCUUCCUUGUAGGUUAAUGCACCGUUAACCGAGAAGACCUGAGGACGAGGUUGAGUUGUUUUUGUUGUAAAAACAAAAAUGGCGGGCAUUUCACUCGUUUGAAAAGUAAGAACUACGCGAAGUAAUAGCUAAAAACAUGGCAAGAACAGCAAGAAGACAACUCGAAGGGCGACAUCUGCUAUUUGAAGAAUAUUUUCGUAGCUGAACAACCCUACGCGUGUACUAUCGAAGAUGAACUUAACAUCGAUGGAGGUAAGCAUCUUUUAGCUAUGUUUUUAAACCAGGAAUUAUUUUGAAUGAAUGAUAAGACAAUUAUUGAAUUCGGCUUUCGUAUCAUAUGAAGAAUUCUGGAGAUCUUGGAGGGUGUUAUCCGUCUCGGCUGAUAACACCCUCCUCGAUCCCCAGAAUUCUUCAUAAAAUACUCAGCCUCAUUCAUUAAUGGUUAAGUAUCCAUUCUACGUAACCUCAUUUUUUCCUUACUAUUAGCUAUCAUUAAAUGUAAAAUUUAUCUCUAAAUUGAUGUAAUAAAGGUUGUUGUCGGUGACAAACACUGAACGGCUUAGACGUUUUCGUUUUGAAUAAUCCACUGGCUGUAAGGCGCACUUUAUGAGAUUUAAAUGAUUUUCUGUAUUUUCGUCAUCAAUUAAAGUGCUUUUAAAGGUCUUUUAAUAAAGGGAGCACCUUAAAAAUUCUAAUAAUUCCCAACGGCUUAAGACAACCUCUCAGAUCAUUUCCUUACUCGUGCUGUAAGUAUAUACAAUUUGGCAAAUAAAACCCAUUGCUUAUAUUUGGCUAUAAUCCUGUUACACGUACCAGUCGCUUUCCACUGUGUGGUCCAUAAAUGGUAUACACUAAUGUCCAUUUUUCUUCCAGGAUAGUUUCCUUGGUGAUCCUCCAAUUAAAGAGUUGGUUCUUAAAUUCCUUGAGCAGUAUGUAUAUUCUUUACUUUCUAUACGCCAGAGGGCUUCUACAGUCCUUCCUCAGCAAGGUGGCAACUUUGACGUAUUCAUUACGUUUUGUUAAAGUAUUUUUUCCAUAACGUGUAUAUGGGUACAUUUCAAAGAAACACUGUUCCCCAGUAAGCAAAAUAAAACGGAACUACACUCUGAAUCACUCUACUAUUAGACGACGUGAAUGUAACGCCUUGUAAUGACAGGUAAAAUAGAGUGAAAUCUAUCCCUUGCGAUUUUAACAACAGCCAAACGAACUGUGAAGUAUUUUUAUGUGCUGCUAUUGUAGUCGAUAGUGAUAGUAGCUGGUACUAAAGCAGACAAUUCUAGUGAUAUUAAUGUCAUCUCAUCAUCUCAUCUGCUAUAGAUGGUGGCCAGAAGCAGAGUUAUCUUGAAGAAUGUAGUAAUUUGCUGUUUGAUCAGACAAGUGACUCUCCGUGCAAGGUGCACAGUUGUUUUGGCUGGGUCAGGUCAAGCGUGAGAUGGGGUGGUAUAAUAAUCUAAUGCCAAACUCCGGCUGACCUGUUUCAACCCACGACAGGGACUACAGCAGCUAAUGACACAGCCUCCUGUUCAGUGCCCAUGUCUUUCAAAAAUGAAGGGAUCACUUUUUAAACGUCAACUUUAUGAGAUUCACUACGUGAUAGUAUGUGGUGCAUGUCUUGCUUCUAUCACUAUCCCCAGUAAAUGCAGUCAACACAGCUGGUUGUUUUUUGUUUAAAUAUGUAUGUUUAUGUUGUUUCCAAACUUCACGAAAGCUCUUUGCCUGUCAUUGCAAGGCCUUUCUAUAAAUCGAAGUGUAAAAGGAAUUAAUUGCAAGAAUUGCUAGUGAAUUGUUUUCAGUCAUAUUGUUACAUUGACCGUGAUGUGAGGGCUAUGGUGUAAUCCAUCAAUCUCGACUCUUUUUACUGGUACUGAGUCAUCAUUGUUAUGAAGAACUUGUAUAUCACAUAGGUAAACCCCGUCUUGCCCUUCAAGUUAGUCGUUUCUUAUGAGCUUAGGUUGAGCUUUCAUUUACGAAAUAAUUUUUCUAAGAGAUUUUUAAUUGGUUAUAAACUUUUGUCUACUUUGUUCCGUCUAAUGCCUUUUUUGUCAGGUACUUUAAGAUUUAUGACACAAGUGACAGGCAAGGUCUGCUGGAAGCAUAUCAUGAUCAGGUCGGUACUGACCUUCCUGUCAACAAAAUUUAAUACAACGUUUGAAUGGAGAUGAGUGCCUAAUAGUCUAAUAUUUAUGUUUUUUUCUUAAAUAAAAUUAAUGGUCCUUUUCACAUUAAAAAAUGGAUACCUGUUGAUUGGAUCCAAGUCUUUGAACUCCCGACCAGCCCAAAUCUAUUGAUACUUGAACAGCAAUCCAAUGUAAAAACAAAUUGUCAUUUUUCUAAUUUACAAAUGCAUUUUUAAAGGCAAUAUUCUCGUUGUGUGUGAAUACGGGAGUAACGACGAAGGAUCGCAGUGGUCAGAGGUGAGCUUAUCUUAAAUGUUGUGACGUCGAUGGACAUGCAUCCCCAAAGCCUUGGGGAAUGAGUCUCCUGCCUUUUUUAAAGCUCGCCGUUUGUAUUUUUUGUACUUCAAUUUUAUCGUUGAUUUAAAUUUUUAUUUUCCUUUGUUUUGGGGUAUGGUAAUGUACGUUAAUGAGUUUAAAACAGAGGGAAAUAAAAUUUAAACCAAGGAUAAAAUUGAACCACAACAUAUACUGUACUUUGUCCUGGAUAAAUCUUUAUCUCACGAACGAAAAGUGGGGUAGUCCUGGGCUUCUUGUAAGGCCCAGUCCUCCAUCUUUUGUACACAUCACCCGUCGCCGGUCCUCUUCGACGCGGUCGUAGUAUGGCUUUCCGUCGACGUGGGGUUACACCUUACCAUGAACAACAUCCAAACGUGCCUUCGACAAGCUCAAAUUUACUUUAAUUCUUGCCAUUUCUUCUGUUCUCGACAUUUUGUGGCUGUUUUUUGACCCACUCACACCUCUUUUAAAUAGCGCAGGCGUAGCGUCACCAAUUGUCAUUUCUGACCGGUUUAAAUUCUCCCGGCUAAUCAUUCAUAUCCAGCUAGCGUUGACCAAAUUUGGAAUAUUUGCCGAUAUCGAUACAAUUGACGUCAAUCUCGGAGAGUAUUUUCAACCUCGUACCAUAACACACUCUUUGAACUGUGGUAUCUCCUCAUAUCAUUGCACUUCAUCUAAUAAUUGCUAGUUAACUAUGCAUACGUCUGGAGAGAAUUGAUUGAGAGGAUUGACCCAGCUUGGUCUCAAGAUUUCUUAACACCCACCAGGGCCGGGUUGUUUCAAGCUAGGUUAAGAUAACCCAGGAUUAGUGUGAAAUUUGAUUUAGAUAUGAAAGCUUAAAAAGCAAUUUCAGUUCAAUUCUUCUUGUCUACAAUUUGAUUAUUGGAUGCCUUUAAAAGAACAGGGAAAAUUAACCCCGAAACUGCUUUUGAAGAAAAGAAAAAGAAACUCGGAUUAAAAUUGAACCCUCGGUUAGCACUAAUCGGUCAUCGAACAACUGGGCCCAGGGGCCUGUUUCUCGAAAGUCCCGAUAACUUUUCGGGCCCGACAAGCUGUUUUAUGUUUGCUGGGUUUGCAUUCAGGGUCAAACCUUCAAUAAUUUUAAAAAUGACAAUAGGAAAGUAUCAGUUAACAAACCAAAAUUGACCUUUUUGUGAGCUAGGAACUUCGCUACCAUUCAACUGGUUUUGAUUUCGAAAUUUGCCUUCGGAGCCGAAAAGUUACUGGACCUUUCGAGAAACGGGCCCCAGAACAUUAACCUAAGUAAAUUCAAAAUCUCUUUUAAUAAAAUAGUAUGCGCUGGAAACUAUUAAAGAAAAAAAAUAGAUCGCGUUGUUUUUUGUUUUUGUUUUGUUUUGUUUUGUUUUUUCACUUUUUUCACUCUUUUUAAUUUUUAGGGGGCCGUCUCUGGGAGAAUAUUUGAAAAAUAGCAGAAAUAUGAAGCGGGUCAUUGAUCCAGGUGAGUUAAGUACGUUUAUUAGCUAGUGACCUUAUAUCUCGCUAAACUCUCUGGUGCCUCACUAGCAUUGGAUGCCCUGUGUAACCACCUACUUUACAGGGGACCCAGACUCUAUGGGAUUUCGUCGUAAUUUGAAUUUCACAAGAGAAUGUUUGAGAACAAACAAAAUCACCUUUCGUUUUGUAUUGUGUGUUUUUCAUACAGUUCGCGUUUACAGCCAUUUGGAAGCCGUUUAGGCGAGUUUUAGAUUUCGAGUUGUACUAACAAUAAGUUCAAUCACGAUAUCCGAACACUUCAUUAUCAAACAAGUAGUAAAAACAACCGCAAGUCUAAUAGACCCCCCGACCCUUCCCAUGAAGUUUUAAAAUUUGAAGAAAACAUGUUUUUGGCUGGUUGGGGCUUCAAAGCAUAGAUGUUCAGUUUGAAUUGCUUUGAUGAACAGAUCUGUGUAUUAUAUACACGCGACCUACCACAUACAAACGCAACAAGACGCUACGGAGCGUGCACUUCGGCGUCGUGAUUGUGGAACUGAUUAAUUGCAAAUGCGGAGGAAUAGUAAGAAAUGAAAUACGGUAAGAGUAAGCAGAGUAAGGCGUUAAUUUGUGAAAUUAUGGAAUUUGUCAGGAUAUUCUGAAAAAAGCAACAUCCAAGAGGCCUACUUGACAAAACAAACAGUGAAAAAAAUAACUUUCUAUUUUUCUUAGUCACAUCAGGCCUCAAAAACAGCAUAGCAGUCUCAUGUACUGAUUAAAGAUAUGUAAGGCAUGGGUAAGGAGUCAAUUACGUUGAGCAUGGAAUUGGCUAAAACUCAAUGUUACGAGUUCGAAGGUUUUGAGAAUAAUUAUUCACUGACUAUCAGCACGCAGGGAUGUCGGAUUAACUCCAGGAAGUCUAAUACCAAAGGAAAAUAGCCUUUACAGAGCUUUAAAACACAGCAUCCGCCAACACAAACUUGACUUGAACUUAAGUAGAACUUAACAGCCUCUGGCAAUAAUAACAAACUCUCACUUGAACUUCAGAUAUCUUACGGCUUCCGCCAACUUGUAAACACAGAACUUCGUCACACUUGACUAAACACAGCAGUCCAGCUCGUGGGAAAAAACUUCUUUCGUCAAAAGAACUCGCUUGAAACUUGUAUGCUGUUUAACAUAAGAUUCUAGAAAAUACUAAACAGGCGAAUAGUAGUAGCUUUUCGACAUAUUUUAUGAUUUCAGUAACUGAUGCAAAUCUACUGACUCAUGCUGAAAUGUAAACAUGUCCUAAUUAAUUUUUCAUGAAUAAUCCAAAAACGUAGAGAACGUUCGAGAAAGUCACGCAACGCAUGAAAGCAAUUUUACUACGUAACACUCAACAAAGACAAAAUGUCUUUGCGUAGCAUUUUGUAGCUUUAAAUUCAUCAUAAAAUAGUUCGAAAGGAGCUCUCACUCGUGAAAUGUUCUUCAACACUCGAGGAGAAAUUUCGUUUCUCUACGCGGCAACGUAAUAUCCUCUAUUUAUUCCUCGAGUAAAUUAAAGACUAAACUCGAAGUGAACUCAGGAUAUCAAGAUAUACUCAAGAUAUCACGAAGUAGUCCGGUCUCAUUUCGUGAAAUAGCCGAAACACGCAGAAAAGUCACGAACUUGCACGCCCAAUCCUUUCCCGACACUGGUGCAUCAUUUCCUAACUAUUUUUCAUAGCUCGAACUAUCCUGGGUCGCAGUAGCGCUGUCGGCUAAUCCCUCAACUUAGAGUCUCCUCUGAUCUGACGGGUCACACAGGUGAGUCGGUUCAAACCCCGGGAAAGCGAAAAUAAUAAUUCUUUCUUCCUCGAAAAAGUUAAAGAAUAAAUCAAAGAAAUCGAAGUGAUCUCGAGAUAUCUCGAACUAAUUCGGCUCUCACUUCGUCAAAUAGCCGAAUAAAACUGAAAACCUACAAACUUUACGCGCUCAAUCUUGUCAAAAAAAGGCAACUUUAAAACAUUCCUGAGCGUCGCGAAUCCUUUACUUCGCGCUCCGCCGAAGUAAUUAUCGAUACUUUGUUACAGCAUUAUUCUGAAUAAAGUGUUUCGUAACAUCAAUCCUUUAUAGCAUAAAAGGGAGGAUUUUUCAGGCAAUUAGUCAAAAUACUUCCAAGUACAGUAAAACACCGACAAUUGUCCUUAAAUUUGCCAGAGAGAUUUUAAAACAGCAACUGAUGAAUAAUUAUAAGUAAGUGAUUGUAACAAACGAUUUAUUUCCAUUACAUGUGAUAUGGAGUUUCAACUCUUUGACAACACAAAAAUGUUUGCAAAAAUGUUUUUUUUGUUUCUAGAGCGACGUUACUCGUACUUAAAGCACUCAAGACUGUCCGUGGUUGCAUUUUUAAAUGAGCUGCCAACCACCAAACAUGACUUGUCAAGUUUCAAAAUUGAUGUUAGCCUAGCCUUGGUAAGUUGUCAAACUUACAGACUAAAUAAUGAUUUUCUCUAUUGUGAACUCGUGGAUCAGUACAGUUGUUGCAACGUUAUUUUCGUGACUUGUUUAUUUAGGUAUAACCUUAUAAGGUAUCUUUUUAUUGUGACUAACGUCAACAUUUACACACAGUUUUAGAAACGUUUUAAAAUCGCACCUAAGGUUUUGGAACAUCUAAGUAGCCACUACACAAGAAACUUACAGCUUAGUGCCCCACUUCAAUUUUCAGCUAAAAUGGAUACUUUUCUUUGACUGAAAUUCUUGUCGUGCAUGCGGUGUUCUAUUAAAGGGUACAGCAGCUUCACAAGUCAUCUUGUUAGUUGUCAUGGACUGUUUGUGCUUUCUUGGUGUAACGUUAAAUUUAGUAGUGGUAGAACCAACGUCCUGCAGGUUGUAUUUUUUUAAGUGGACUUAAUAGACAUAAAUAAGCAACAGUUAUGGAAAUGCGUGAAAACAUUUUGUUUGCCAGUUUGGGUGCUAGAAAAUAUACUUGUCAAGAGAUUACAAGUAAAUUUUUACAGAUUAUAUCUACUGCCUCAUUGAAAAAACCCAGUACAGCAGUGGUCGUUGGAGAGCCUUUCCUGCCCUCAGAAGGUGCUAAGAUUUCUUUGAGAUUUUUGGUCUUUGACAAAAAGAAAUAAUGGAAUUUGGCGGGAACCAUUACUGUCCGAGUGGGUAACUGGUAAGUGGGUACUACUCCGUAAACUCUAUCACUGUGAUAAAGUGGUAACCUCCCAGGUGAUUUUGCAUGGUUUUUGUUUUACUUCGAUCUAAAACGAUCCAAGUUAAGUAAGACAUUACUUAUAUAUCUUUUUUCUGGUAAAACGAGGUGAAAGAUUUCAAAACCCUUUCCUCUGUGACGUGAUUUCGACAAAAUUUUACGUAUUUUCUUUCUUUUAGCCUUCUUGCCUAUCAUUUGCCGUCAGAGGAUUGUUCCUGGAGAGUAAGUUAACAUUUCAAUAUUUUACGGACCGGUGAAAGUAUGGCAAUAAGAUGUAGGUGGUCUCGGCAGGUAACACCCUUGGAGAUCUGCUUCAUUCGGUAAUUCUUCAUAACAUAUGAAAGCCUAAUCCACUAAUCGUUUUAUUGUCCAGUCAAAAUAUUUCAGACUUGAACCACUGUUAUAGUGUCUGCGACGCAGACUAACAUCGAUGGAUGCAUAGUUGCCGUCUGUAAUUGCCGGCCUGUUCCUCGCCAAAUUCAGGAUUUUAAGGGGUGUUUAGUAUAUCAGGUAUUCUUCAAAUAGCAGUUGUCAUCUGUCAAGCUCUUGCUAUUAUGGCUUUGGGCAGACGUUCGGCUAUUUCUUCUUCGCAAAACGCAUGAAAUUUCAGGCCAUUUUCUACCAAAGCAACUGAGCUAAUGCAACGUUGUUCUCCGGGCUCAAUUGCCGUUUUUUCUUGGCGAUAGCCUUUACUUCUGAAAUCAUUUUAUCGGAUAUCACAGUCGUGUUCCAAAUUUGGUCUAGGCUAGCUGGUUAUGAAGAAUUAAUUGCUAUACAGCUAUUUCGAGAAAGGUUGUCGGAAAAAAUGUGCACGCGACAAUCCCGAAAGGUAAUAUGUGAUAUGAUCAACACACUGUUCCUGACGCUGUAGCAGUCGAACCUACUUUUUGUUGCUUUUCUUUAGCACUCGCAAACAUAGGCCCAUGGCCUCUCGUGCCGUUCUUUCAAAUCUCUUUGAAAAAUAGUUAACUCAAAACCACCCAUAAUACCUUUCGGAAUUGUCGCGUGCACUUUUCUGACAAUCUCUCUCGAAAUAGCUGUAAUUCUAGACUUUCACUGAACUAAACAGGGACUCCCAUUGGUUUAUUCCUGGUCUCGUGGCCUUGACUAAAUUGAGAUGUAUCCAUGGGCUGUGGGAAACCACGGCUGCUUUCCAUUAUGCCAAAAUUUCCGGAGAUUUCGGUUCAAACGUAAAUGGAACGGUUCGGCCCAGGUGGAAAUUUUCCGGUCAAAGUGGUUCACCUCCAGAGGUGGUCUUGUUUGACCGGUCGGUCCGGUCCGACCGAAAAUUGCAAAGACGAAAUAUUUUGGAAGUCACACAUUACCCAACAAUCAAUUCGGUCGGACUUUUGGUUGGGACGUGUAUAAUGGUAAGCACCCCACGUCUCCCAGCAGUUUACCGAAAGGCAAGCGCCUGUCGCCGGAGGCCGCCUGAUAUAGUUAGGCUGCGUAGUUUCCUAAUUUAUGGACUUUUAUUAAUCGAUUUAUAAUGCUUUCAGAUUCCAAGAGUUUAAGGUCUUUUACAAGGGUGUUUCUUGCAGUUCCAGCAGCAGGUGGAAAAGCGUAAGUAAAUUUAAAUAUUUUUUCGUCCGAAAUCACCACUUGUACAGUAAUAAUUUCCAGGAAUAGUGCUUGAUAUGAGCCUAUGGUACAGGUAGAUCGCUUUAUUUAUCUCGUAGGCAUGUAUACUAAAAACACUCUCUUCAAUCAUGGUGAAAAAUUGUUUAAGCUGCUCGGUAAAUAUUCUGCCAGUACUCACGUUGAGUUCAGAGGAUAAUUGUUAAUUACUAGUGUGUGGCCUGUCACACCUGUGUUUUGUAUACCGUAUAAUUUCGAAAAUAAGCCCCGCGGCUUAUAUUUUUCAAAGGCCCUUUUUGAGGGGCUUCUUUACGGAGGGAAAUUUGCGUUUCAAAAUCGAUUUGGCUAGGUUAUUGUUGGAAGAAAAUUUUCCGUUUUUGCUUUGUUUUACAUUGUAUUUGAGGGCAAUUUCCAAGUACAAGCUCCCGGGGGGUUUUUUGCGUUACCAGUUUGGGGGGCUUAUAUUUGGAGGGGCGUAUGCACGGAGGGGCUUAUUUUCGGAAUUUUACGGUUUAUUAUUAUGCGUGGCUUUUUGUCUUGGUUUUGUAAAAUAAAUGAAAUAUCCCUUUACUUUUUUUCAGGCUGAGUAUUAUUAAUGACGAGCUUCACAUUCGCAAUGCAUCAUCAGCUCAAGUUGAGGUUUAACAGUUUUACCUUCUAUCUGUUUAGAGAUUUUUCCCUUUUGCUUAAAUCUACAGAACGAAACAAAGACGGCAUCAUCUACAGAAUAAACGGGUUGGGGCCUUACGCACUAUAUCUUGUCAUAUUAUAAGCUUUCGUCGACCCACGGCAUCAGUUGGGAACGAGGAUCCCGCAUUUGCGUUAAUCAAAGGUUUUUUUUUUUCAGUAAUAUAGGAGCUGCUUGUUUUCAAAGUGCGCCAAUUUUUGAGAAGCUGUGCCGCAUUGUUUUAUGGUGAAGGAGAAAACCUUGCAGGAGAACUAUUUCGUGGCAACUAUUUGUUUACUUAAGGGUUCAAACCAAUUACACUUUUAAAGAGAAAGUACGUUGUAUUUCUUAUCAAAAAAUUAAAUGAGGACAAUGUGUUUAGAAUGUUUCGUCAGGAUCGGUUGAGGAUUGGUCAAUGAACGGUCAGGAACUAGACACAUUGUCAUUUUUGUACUUCCCAUUAGAACAUUACGGAGGUACCUUGUCCUUUAAAAUAAUUAGUAUAUGACUAAGCUGUAUUUUUUUAAUCUCAUCUUAAGGGUACUGGAAGUGAGUCCGCAGUCCCCGAUUCGCAAAAUGUUUUAACUCCGCAGGAAAGUCGACUUGCAGGAACCAGCCCCCAGGUAAUCAACUAUGGGCACUUUCCACUUAUCAGAACUCGGCCGGACCAGUCAGUUAGCAAACGAAACGGCUUUUUCCAGAGGGUUUUGCUGAAAAACUAUCUCCUUCGUGCACACCAUUUAGGAUUUGACUGAUCUGGUUGGAUAGUGUUGAUUAAAAGUGAAAUUCUCAUUACGACGGGAAUGGUCUGGCCGGUCAGUUCUGGCAAAUGGAAAGCGCCCUAUGUUUAAUACGCUCUUUAUUCUGGGACUGCGACCUGACAUCGGUGAAGUUAUGCUUAGUUCGGUGUCUUUGCCUUCAACGCAGAAAUGUCGUUUUAGCAGACAUCUCUUCAACAAAGUAGUUAUACCCUUUCCUAAUUCUUAUGUGUUUGGUUUCAGCAACAAGAAAUGUUACUGCGAUUCUCGCAACAGUCCACAAUGAAUCUAGAGUGGUCGUACAAGUAAGCAGCGUCUUGGAAUUUUUUUUUUGUUUGUUUGUUUGUUUUUUUUAAAUUCAUUCUUGAUCUUUUUUAUGUAUUUAGUGUUCGGCAAAUAAAUUUAAAAAAAUACCAGUAGUCUAUUGAACGUGAAAAAUCAGAUCUGUAGUCAGUUCUCUUAGAGGGUUAGUUUAAAGCAAAAGGCUGUCCGUUGAGUGAGACAUCGAGAGACAGUUUGAGUUGGAUCCCAGCCUUACGUGGUCACCUUUUGGCGAUCGAUCACACAGCUUGAUGCUUUGGCCUUUUUAACUUUAUACAGUGGAACCUCGAUUUAACGAAGUGCCAAGGGACUGGGAAAAUUUGUUCGUUACAUCAAGUAAUAGUUAAUGAUUAAUUUCCAGUACCCAGCGUACUGUUUUUGUACAAUUUCUGUUAUAAACAUUUUGUACAGGAAGCUAUUGUCUCAGUUCAGGGCUAUAUAUAGCUACGGCACUAGAAACACAAGAACAGGCAAGGAAAACUGCUUAAAACUACUGUACACAUAAAUUUUAUCCUCGUUAAUCUGUUUCGAAUUCAUCUUUAGCUAUCUGUUGGUCACAUGUUGGCAUCUAUUCGCUAUAUCGAGGAAUAUUUUACGUUUGUGUUUCUAGAUUGUGCUCGUUAUAACGAGGAUUUCGUCAAAUCGAGGUUCUGUUCUAUACAUUUUAUUGUAAUUUUAGCCGGGUUGAAGAAAAUCGUUCGUUAUACCGUGGACUUCGUUAUAUAGAGGUUCGUUAAAUCGAGGUUCCAAUGUACUGGGUCUUCGUUUUUUAUUCAGGUGCUUAUCGGCUACCACCCUGAGGCAGUUCUAAAGGUUGUUAAUAUUAUAAGCCAGUUUCCGGCUCUGUAAUUCCACCUAACAGUUGCCUCCCAGGCGUAGUCAAAGUGGACAUGUCUUGCAGAGCUCCGCAAGCUUGCCUAGAUUUCUAUUAGUUCAUUCGUAAGAAGCAGCUUGAAUGGGAGCCACAGCGUUUGUGUGUAAAUCGCGACGCGGGACCACCUCAAAGCUUUUCCUCGUGAUACGUCACAGUAGGAUUCAGAGUUUACCCUCGAUCAGGGGUUCAACCUCGUUCUCAGGGUCUUUUACUCGUCCCCUCUCUCCACCCUGCGAACGAGGUUGAUCAGGUAUUUGGGGUUUCUAUUACCUUAAAAAAUUCAGUUGCCGGCUUCCCAGGAGGGCUUGCUUCGGAAAUGGUUUUCUUUAUUCUGUUGCCAUAAGACUGGUAAUCCCUCUUUCGUGAUGCUUGUUUAAUAAUAUUUUUGUAAUACUUUCAUUUGCAGGUGUCUUUCUGAGAAUAACUGGGAUUACCAAAAAGCAGCGCUUGUUUUUACUUCGUUAAAGGUAAGCAUUUUUUCUCGUUACCCGUUGUGUCACACAGGGUAUCUCGUGGUCAGGAAACAGGAGGAUUAUUUUCUCCAUAUUUACGUUGCCCUCUCUCAUUGUUCUGAAAGCUCAGCACAUUUUACCUCACUGUAGGUGGCAGUAUUUUUCUGUCCCAACGUCAUAUCACUUGCUCUCGCAUCACAAGGUAAUAUUUUUAUGUAUGCUCAAAGUUAAAGGAGCUGUGUCACGAAAUUCAGCCAAAUCUGGAUAUUGCAAAAUGCCCGUUAAAUUGAAAGAAACAAAAAAAUAACCGCUUAAAACAUUAAAGGAAGGUUAAAAUAACACAACAGAUACAACAGAUGCCACGGAUGGGCAAAACUGAAGAAGAUUGAAACGGAUUGAAAUGAGGGUUUUUGAAAACUGUUCAGCCUAACAGUUUUUCAAAGUUGAUCCCUGCUAUUUGCAACUUCAAAAAUAAUGCUCUGGAGACAUAUUUGUUUGUCGCGAAUCUCUGAUUUUGUCAUUUCCAUGUAAUUUCCUUGCUUACUGUAAGUUCCAUACCAAUUGAGGGCGAGUAAUUGGCAAAAUUAAACAAAUUGAAUUGGACUGCCGUGACACAGCCCCUUUAAAUGAUACUUAUUUUCUGUAUUCUACUUAUUUCAGAACAACGGAAGUAUACCUCCUGAAGCGUUUGUUCAAUCAACGUAG